AUGUACAACGACACUGAAGUACAGGAACCCAGCGCCGACGAUGUGGUAUCACUGCUGGUCGACCGACAAGCCGCGCUACGCUCGAGUGUACAGAACAAACAGCGGUUGCUUGCGCGGCUGAAAGCCUGGAUUCACGAAUACGAUCGCGUCAUGCUUGUGCAAGACGUGACCCGGACAGAUAACGUCAAGGACACUUGGGCUGGUGGAGAGCAUGGCGCGAUUUUGCUCGACGACGGUGACUAUCUCGACACCAACGACAUGACUUCAGAGGAAGUAGCUGCAUGGGCGACGCACAUGAAUUCUGAGAACACAGCAUGCAUGAACUCUCCUUCGGAAGCCAGGCUCGCUACAGUACGGGCAGAAGUGCUGCAACCUCUAGCCAUGAUGACCUACGGGGCGCGUGAGUUCCUAGAAGAAUCUGUGUACGACCUGGAGUACGGACAGAAUAGCUUCGAUAUGCCCGAGCUAUUCCAAGCAUUCAAGAAGGAAGAGGCGAGGCGAAGCGGCAUGCUAGAAUCCCAUAUCGUCUCACCAUCAGGCUGCGCAACCUCCAUGUUGCAUUUGCAGCUACACUAUCCAACUUUCACGACAAAGACUCCCAAGGACGGUCAGACGCUGGACGCGUCAAACUGCUGCAUCCGAAUAUUCAUCGAGAAGGGCUUCGCGGCGAGCGACACAUAUUGGUACGAAGCGUACUUCCGCCGUCUGACCGCGGCGUCCGUACGUCACCUCGCGAAUGUCGCCGACGAGUGGAAAGAGGAGGUCAAACAACUGCACGACGAAUUUUUCUACAGAUGUCAGUCGCUUUCGAAGAAAGUCCUACUGGUAUUUGGCGCCUUCAAUAGAAAACAGUUCGAUGAGCGACAUAACGUGGAGAACAUCACGGUCCGACUAUCGUGCGGCAGCCCGACGCUCAUGGGCAUAGUGCGCAACGACGCCCAAAAGAUUUUAUUCGUCGUUGUUUAA